AAGGCUCAUACUUACUCUUAUUUUCAAACACAAUUCAUUUUCAAAAUGGCUAGGGCAACUGGACUACUUCCACUCUUUUCCACCACCAUGGUGAUCAUGAUCAUCCUAUUCUUAGGUUUGGAGAAAGCUAUUGCUGAGAAUGUCAAAAUGGAUACUGCUAAAUAUUCAACAACAAGAGGUUCUUGGGUGCCAUUGAAUUAUCGACUUACUGAGAUGUUGAAACCAUGUACUGACAACUUUAUUGGAGCAUGUGUUCCUGGUACUGAUGAUGAUGCUUCUUGUUUCAGUCGUUGCAAACAAUCCGGUGAUGUAAAAGGAGGCUUUUGCAAAACUCUUAGUUACAAAGAACCAGCACCACAUAACUUUUGCCAUUGUUAUUGUUAGAUUUGAAUUUUGAUCCAAUAAUAAUAGAUAUUGCUACGAGGAGUGCAAUUAUCUAGCUAGAAUGUUUUAUUUAUAUCAUAGAAUAAUAUAUUUUACAGUUGCAUUGUCAACAUUUUAACAUUUUGUA